AUGGCGAAAUUAAACCAAGCUGCCAAGGCUGUUGGCCUACUUUAUGGACUUACAGCUACUACGCAGGUUCAAGCCGCCUCAUUUGAUCCCUUGACACACGUCGACCUUCUCAUUGGCAGCAGCAAUGGCGGCAAUGUAUUCCCAGGAGCUACUCUUCCUUUUGGCAUGGCUAAGGCUGUAGCCGAUACGAAUAGCGGCAGCAACCAAGGCGGGUUUACUCUGGAUGGCUCGUCAGUCACCGGUUUCAGCGUCAUGCACGACUCUGGCACUGGAGGCUCGCCCGGACCCAAGGUUGAGAUGACAACAUCUCAGCAUGCGGCGCUAUUCAAAUUCACUUUCCCCAAUGCAGGCCCAGACGAUAUACCACUUAUCCUGCAAGACUUGACGGAUCUUUCAAAUUCGAGACAAGACAAUGGCACCGUGAGUGUGGACGGAAAGACUGGCCGCAUUACUGGCAAUGCCAUUUUCGUUCCCAGCUUUGGCACCGGCACGUAUAAGUUGUACUUUUGCACAGAUUUCUCAGGUGCCGAAAUAUACGACAAUGGCAUCUUUGUGAACUCACGCGCCAGUUCCGAUGUCAAAGAUCUUACCAUCUCGCGCUCUAUCAACGGCUACCCGUUGCCGGGCGGUGCUUUUGUCCGCUUCGCCAGUGCUCAAGAGCCCAUAUAUGCUCGUACUGGUGUCAGCUUCAUUAGCAGUGCGCAAGCUUGCUCCAACGCGGAGAAAGAAAUUACUAAAUGGGAUCUCAACAAGUACGCCAAUGAGGCCGCCAAUAUCUGGCGGCAGAAACUUUCCCCCAUCACUAUCAAGGCUGGUAAUGGUGUGAGCGAGGACUACAUCAAGUCAUUUUACUCGGGAAUCUACCGCACGCUCGUCAACCCUCAAAAUUAUACUGGAGAGAAUCCUCUCUGGAACGAUGGCGAGCCAUACUACGACUCCUUUUAUUGUAUUUGGGACUUGUUCCGAUCUCAGAUGCCCUUUAUGACUAUUCUGGAUCCUGCGGCUCUUACGGAGCAGAUCCGUUCGCUGAUAUCCAUCUAUGAGAACUUGGGAUGGCUGCCUGAUUGCCACAACGUCCUGGCAGACGCCUAUCUCAAGGGUCUCAAAGAUGGAAUCGAUUGGGAAAAGGGCUACGAGGCUGUUGUUAAAGAUGCAGAAGUUGAGCCCUAUGCCUGGUCCACGAACGGUAGGGGAGGCAUCGACUCGUGGAAGAAGCUCAAUUACGUUCCCGUACAAGAUUUUGACUACAAGGGUUUUGGAACCAUGACGCGCACCAUCAGUCGCACUCUUGAGUACAGCUACAACGACUUUUGCAUCUCUCAGAUUGCUGGAGGGUUGGGUAAAAAGGGAGACCAAGAGAAAUACAUUGAAUCUAGCGGCAAUUGGCAAAACCUGUUUAAAGCUGACCAGACUUCGUUCUUCUCUAAUGGGACCGACACUGGGUUUACGGGCUUCUUCCAAGCUAAGUUCUUGAACGAAACUUGGUUCACACAAGAUCCAUUGAUGUGCAGCAACUUGGAUUCUAGGAGCGUAUGCUCGCUUCAGAACUCGGGGGCUGAGACAUUCGAGAGCAGCACUUGGGAAUACGGCUUCUUCGUUCCACACGAUCAGGCCAGUCUGCUUAACCUUUAUGGUGGCUCUGACGCUUUUGUCAGCCGUCUAUCUUAUAUGCACGACCAAGAGAUUACAUAUAUCGGCAACGAACCCAGUUUCCUUACUGUCUUCCAAUACCAUUAUGCCGGCCGACCAGCCUUGUCCGCUGAACGCAGCCAUUUCUAUAUCCCCAAGUUCUUCGCCCCUACACCAGAUGGGCUGCCAGGUAACGAUGACAGCGGCGCCAUGGGCAGUUUUGUUGCCUUCUCCAUGAUGGGCCUAUUCCCGAAUCCUGGUCAGGAUGUCUACCUCAUUAUUCCACCCUACUUUGAGAGUGUUAGCAUCAAGAGUCCAAUUACAGGGAAGACUGCAACUAUUCGCAACGUCAACUUUGACUCCACUUACAAGAAUGUGUAUAUUCAAAAGGCUACCUUGAAUGGCAAGCCUUAUACGAAGAAUUGGAUUGAUCAUAGCUUCUUCCUUGAAGGAAAGGAGCUCGUACUCACUCUAGGUAGCAAGGAAAGUUCAUGGGGUACUAGGGUGGAGGAUCUGCCGCCGAGUUUGAGCCCUUACAACAGUAGCAGCGUUGCUCACACUUCUGCGCCAGCCAAACGAUCUUAUCGACCGCGCUUUGACAGUGGAGGGAUGAUGUUUCAUUGA